AUGUUACUUUUACCUACAGACAAACAGGGUAGUAUUGUCAUUUUCAUUUCAAUUUCAGUUUGCAACUUGCUUGUGAAGCGAUGUAAAUCUGAAAUCGUAGAAUUCACCGUCAACUCUCUGUUCAAUCGCCGCCACCGUUCAAUCGCCGCCACCGUAAACUCUGUUCAACCGCCGCCACCAUCAACUCUCUGUUCAAUCGCCGCCACCGUAAACUCUGUUCAACCGCCGCCACCAUCAACUCUCUGUUCAAUCGCCGCCACCGUAAACUCUGUUCAACCGCCGCCACCAUCAACUCUCUGUUCAAUCGCCGCCACACAACUCGACUCUUUCUUUCUAAGAAAUGCUGUGGAGCUUGGACCUUUUGGACCUUUGGCUGUUACUCUCAUGAAAAUGCCUCGUUUGAGUUUUUGUCGUGUUGAUGAAUUAGCUUUUGCAGUUAAUAAGCAUGAUCUUGGGAAUUACAGGCCUUUAAUAACUCUCUAUAAGGAUUGGGGUCAAAGUAACUUUGGUAAAAAACUUGCUACUAUUAAUGUUUAUUCUUAUUACAUGAUUAGGAACACAUUGUUUAGUGCUGAUAGUUAAUCAAGUUUUCCCUUAUCUUGCAAUGGUUUAGAUAAAGAAUGCACAUGUUUUUGAAUUAGCGUUGAAGUUUUCAAAAUUUAUUGUGGGAUGGUAGUAUAUUAGAGAUUAAUCUCACUGUACUUAUGCCGUAUUUGGAUAAAUGACUUAAUUAAGUGCUUAUCAUACAAGUGCUUAUGCGGAAAUUAUUUCUAUAACAACAGAUAGACUAAAGUAAACUGUGUUUUCACAUAAGAUAUAAGUAGUAUUCAAUGCUAUCUUGGAGAGCUUAUGGAAAUAAGUUAAAAACAAUUUAUGAACAUGUCAAUAAGCUCUCUCAAAAUAGUCCCUUUAUAAUAAUAUAUUAAAGACUGUUUAAAGUUUAAAUCCCGCUGGCUCUGUUUUUUGUCGUUGUUAUGUCUGGUUUAUUAGCUUAGUUAUCGUUAUGAAUAUUGUUAUUUCAAAGUCUUUGUGUUGAUCUUAUU